UACAUAGCAAGUUGUGUGGUUGUUUUUUUUUUUUUUCCUCUUCUCUCCAGGAAACUCAUGAGGAGCAUGAUACUUCUACUGAAAACGCUGAUGAUUCUAACCACGAUCCUCAGUUUGAGCCCAUAGUUUCCCUUCCUGAGCAAGAAAUAAAAACUCUGGAAGAGGAUGAAGAGGAACUCUUUAAGAUGCGAGCAAAGCUAUUCCGAUUUGCAUCUGAGAAUGACCUUCCAGAAUGGAAAGAACGAGGAACUGGUGAUGUAAAACUCUUGAAACACAAGGAGAAAGGAACAAUUCGCCUCCUCAUGAGGAGAGAUAAAACCCUAAAAAUCUGUGCAAACCAUUAUAUCACCCCCUUAAUGGAGCUGAAGCCUAACGCUGGGAGCGACAGGGCGUGGGUCUGGAACACACACGCUGACUUUGCAGAUGAAAGCCCCAAGCCUGAACUUUUGGCAAUCCGGUUUUUAAACGCAGAGAAUGCACAGAAAUUCAAGGCAAAAUUUGAAGAAUGCAGGAAUGAAGUAGAUAAGCGAGCAAAGAAAGCAGGCACAGACAAAAAUGAUAGUGCUGACAAAAUUGCUGAAAAACUAGAAGAGCUUUCUGUAAAGGAGGAGAGCAAAGAAUCUGAGAAGAAAGAGACCAAGGAAGAAACUGAAGAAAAGCAAUAAAUCAUCCUGGGCCUUGCAGUUUUUCCUUUUUUUGUUUUUCUUUAUUUCUUUCUCUUUUUUUUUAAUUUUUACAAGGGACUUUAUAAGGAACUGAAUUCAAUAUUCAGGUUGUUUUUUCUAAGAUUUUGCCCUUUUGAAGAUGUCUUCAGAAAAUCCAUUCCCCAGUCAUGAAAAUGUACUGUGCUAACUUUCUUUUCCAUAGUGGAAACACUUAUUUAUAGUCAUCCAAAAGAGUGAAUAAAACAAACUUGAAA